AUGCAUGUGGAGUGCCUGGCACAGCGCUUGGCACAUAGAGCAAUAAACGGUAACUUGAAAAAGCAGCGUGUUUCACCCAUCGUCCUGUCCCCGCAGGCCUCCCGCCUCAUUGUCACCUUCGACGAGCAUGUCAUCAGCAAUAACUUCAAGUUCGGAGUCAUUUAUCAGAAGCUUGGGCAGACCUCCGAGGAAGAACUCUUCAGCACCAACGAGGAGAGCCCCGCCUUCGUGGAGUUCCUCGAAUUCCUUGGCCAGAAGGUCAAGCUGCAGGACUUUAAGGGGUUCCGAGGAGGCCUGGACGUGACCCACGGGCAGACGGGAACCGAGUCUGUGUACUGCAACUUCCGCAACAAGGAGAUCAUGUUUCACGUGUCCACCAAGCUGCCCUACACAGAAGGGGACGCCCAGCAGUUGCAGCGGAAGCGGCACAUCGGGAAUGACAUCGUGGCUGUGGUCUUCCAGGACGAGAACACGCCCUUUGUGCCGGACAUGAUUGCGUCCAACUUUCUGCAUGCCUAUGUGGUGGUGCAGGCCGAGAGUGGGGGCCCCGAUGGCCCCCUGUACAAGGUCUCCGUCACUGCGAGAGAUGACGUGCCCUUCUUCGGGCCACCCCUCCCGGACCCUGCUGUGUUCAGGAAGGGGCCUGAGUUCCAGGAAUUUUUGCUGACAAAACUGAUCAAUGCUGAAUAUGCUUGCUACAAGGCAGAGAAGUUUGCCAAACUGGAGGAGCGGACACGGGCCGCCCUCCUGGAGACGCUCUAUGAGGAACUGCACAUCCACAGCCAGUCCAUGAUGGGCCUGGGUGGAGACGAGGACAAGAUGGAGAACGGCGGCGGGGGAGGUGGCUUCUUCGAGUCCUUCAAGCGGGUCAUCCGGAGCCGCAGCCAGUCCAUGGAUGCCAUGGGGCUGAGCAACAAGAAGCCCAACACCGUGUCCACCAGCCACAGCGGGGGCUUUGCGCCCAACAACCCGGACCUGGCCAAGGCGGCUGGAAUAUCAUUGCUUAUUCCUGGGAAAAGUGCGAGUAGAUUCGGACGCCGGGGCAGUGCCAUAGGCAUAGGAACCGUGGAAGAGUCACUGAUUGUCCCUGGAAAGAGCCCCACCAGGAAGAAGUCGGGCCCGUUCGGCUCACGCCGCAGCAGUGCCAUCGGCAUUGAGAACAUACAGGAGGUGCAGGAGAAAAGGGAGAGCCCCCCGGCUGGCCAGAAGACCCCAGACAGCGGGCACGUCUCACAGGAGCCCAAGUCGGAGAACUCAUCCACUCAGAGCUCCCCAGAGAUGCCCACGACCAAAAACAGAGCGGAGACAGCAGCUCAGAGAGCAGAAGUGCUGAAGGACUUCUCCCGCUCCUCGUCCAGUGCCAGCAGCUUCGCCAGCGUCGUGGAGGAAGCAGAGGGUGUGGAUGGGGACGAUACAGGCCUGGAGAGUGUCUCAUCCUCGGGGACGCCCCACAAGCGGGACUCCUUCAUCUAUAGCACGUGGCUGGAGGACAGUGUCAGCACCACAAGUGGGGGCAGCUCCCCAGGCCCCUCUCGGUCACCCCAUCCAGACGCCGGCAAGUCGGGGGACCCUGCAUGUCCCGAGAUCAAGAUCCAGCUGGAAGCAUCUGAACAGCACCCGCCCCAGCUGGGCUGUUAGCCAGGAUGCCCCUCUGAAGGUGACACUGAGCAGAUGAGGCCGCAGAAGCACAAGGUGAAGAUGCUGUGUCAAAUCCAGGCAGACGGGACCUCUGCCCCAGAGGCCAGCACCAGCCUGUGGGCUGACCCCGGCCUCCCCAACCCUCCUCCUGGCCCACUCUCUGGGCUGUCUCUGCAGGGCGGAGCCAUCCAGACCUGGGAGCGGGGAAGAUGCUGGCACCAUCCCCACCCCCUGGGCUGGGGGGCCGGUUGGGGCAGGGAGUGGUCACUUGAAACAGGACUCCAGGCCUGGCCAUCCAUCACCCCUGGGUGCCCCUCUGGACUCAGGGGGAGUGAGCUGGAAGGGGGGAUUGAGACAUCGUAGUGCGUACAGAGCCUACUAUGGAGGCCGUGGGGUGUGAGGUGUGGUAGAACGAGCACUGGGCUGGGAGUCCUAAGUCCUAGCUUUUGAUUUGGGUUCUGCUCUGUGACUAUGGGCAAAUCACUCUCCCUCUCUGGGCGCCUCUGCUAUAAAUGGACAAGAUUAUUUCAGAGGUCACUGAAGGCUGUGAGUCCAUGCACCUGCCCCAGAAUGGAGGAUUGUCGUCCCAGGGACCUCCGAUCACCCUACCCUGCUUCUUGGGGUUCCAGGGGCCCCCGGUGGGCCGAGGGGCAGGGAGCUGGCUGUGCCCAUUGCCCCUCCUGGACCCUCAGUCUCUACCACAGAUCUGCCGAUGCCCUGUCCACUGCCUCCACGACAGACUAGUGACCCGCUUGUGGGGGAAGUGGGAGCUUCCUGGCUCCUCAGCCAGCACCCAGCUUAACCCCUGCCUUCCCAUGCUCCUGGGCAUGCCGGGCCGAGGGGUCUCAGCUGGCCUAGAGUUAUGGGCCACACCUUUGCGCCACCCUCACCCACCGUGGAGGGGGCAGCCAGGCACAGCGGCUGUGAGCCCACAUCCUUGUGUGUGUCUGUCCACACUUUUUAGGCGCCACGCCAAAGGCCAGCCUUCCGGCCCCAACACCCAUUUUGGAAGCCCCCCGUGGCCGUGUGUAUGUCAGUGACAGUUGUACAAAAUAAAUUCUAUUUAUCGCUAUUGUA